AUGAGAGGAGCCGUCUUCGCUCUUACUCCAUUACAGCCGCCUGCCUUCAUGCCUCGGGAGCCGGCAGCGCUCAGCGGACACGGGGGAAGCGCCUGGCUCUGCCUCCCAGCCCCGCGGCAUCUCCCCCGCCGGGGAGGACGGCGGCACGCUCCCGACCCCGCUGGGAACCGGGCUAUUUCCCACGCAGCUUCACGACAUCGAAGAAAGCGCCCGGUUGGGAAGGGAACAUAUCCAGACGCGCCCACAGCGGUGUCAGUCAGCGCGGGCCCUGCGGGCUGGCCGGGGCACGGCGAGCGAGCUAGGCGCUCACGGCGGCGGCGCGUCCCAUCCCGGCAAAGGUCUCUGUCCUCUGGCCGCCCCUCCUCGCUGCCUCACGCUCCGGGGAAGGCGGCGACGAGGCCCCCUGUUCUCACGGCGAGGGCUGCGGUUGCAUCCCGGCCCAUCUGCCUCCCGCGCCGGGCGGGCUCCUCCGCGCUGCCCCGGCCCCCGCCGCAGCACCGACGCCACCCCCGGCCACCCCGACAAAGGUGGGGCCCGGGGCGGCGAGGCCCCUCCUCGGCGGCUCCAGCUGCGAGCGCACCCGGCUGCUCUACGCGGGCGAAGGCCCUUCCCGUCCUCCGCCUCCCGCCCCGAGUUUCCACAGCGCCGGGCAGCCUAGCCCGGCCUCCUCACGCCGGUCUCCGCUCAGCCCCUCCGCGCUGCCAGCGCCUUCCUCCCCCCGCGCCGGGCUCGCCGGCGAGGGGCCGCUCCGCCUCCUUCCCCUGUCCGCCGCCGGCUGCGGGCGGGAGCCGAGCGAGGGCCGAAGCUCCGCCGCCCGCGCCCCCUCUCGCCCGCCCGCCCCAACAGCACGGGCGGCUCCAGACACAAAGGGGAGUCGCUGCAGCCGCCGGCCUGGGCGCCCGUCCCGCCGCACCGCCCCCGCCGCCCGGCUCCGCCCCGCACCAUAGAGGUGGCUCCAGGUAG